CUCUCUCUCUCUGUCUCUCUGUACGGGCGGGCCGACGAUCCAGGGAGAUACGCGAGCAUGGGACAGGGAGCGGUGUCGUGAAGUGAGGCGGAGGGCGCGUGUCGUUGGCGCGCGCGUGGUGUCCGAGUGCCGGCGACGAUGGCGAGCUCGGGCUCGGCGAUCGACGGGGUCGGCGACGACGGCACAACGGGCGUGCCGGGCGGCGGACCCAGGAAUCCCCUCACCUGCGGCGUCUGCCACGACUACUACAACGAGCCCUGUCUGCUCUCCUGCUUCCAUACCUUCUGCGCCCGUUGCAUCCACGGCCCGCAUAUCGACGGGACGGUCAAGUGUCCCAUCUGCGGGCAACAAACACAGUUGAAGGAUGGAGCACAAUUACCACCGCCCGAUCAGUUGAUACGUCAAUUAGUGGAACUGGCAAACUCUGAAAAUCCACCAUGUGCCAAUUGCGACAAACGCGACAAAUCCACUAUGUUUUUCUGUACAACAUGCGGACAGGCGCUUUGCACUCACUGCAGAGAACAUACCCAUCGUGCAAAGAUGUUCUCCACUCACGAGGUGGUGCAUAUGAGCAAAUGCGCCAAGGACACUCAACGUCGCUGUCCGAACCACGGCGAGCAGUACAUAAUGUACAGCCAGAGCGCCAAGUGCAUGCUGUGCGCCACGUGCUUCCGCGACACGCCUCCGGAUGCGCGGGUGCACUGCGUGGACAUCGAGAGCGCCUGGCAGCAGGCCUCGAAGAAGAUGGAGCGCGCGGUCAACUCCAUUUGCGAGCUCCAGGCCGGCAUCAAGGACGGCGUGCUGGCGCUCAAGUCACAGCUGGACGAGCUGCGGCACAGUCUCGAGUCCGAGAAGCGCGCGUUGACCGCCUUCUGUCAAGGUAUGCAGGAGGCGAUCAACAAGACGCACGCGUACGUCCUCGCGGAGUUGCAGCGUCAAUUCGACAGUAAGGAGCGCAUGGUGCGUACGCAAUUGCUUACGCUGGGUAGCGCGCUACCCGUCCUGCAGAUGCAUUUAAUGCUGUGCACCGCGUUCACCACUGGCGCGACCAAAUAUCAGUUCCUCGAGCUGGCGCAUCCGAUGCUGGAACGGCUGAGCCGCGUCGCUCAACUGGGCCACCCGUCGCGGCCACCUCUGCUCGCUGCGCACAUCAAGACGAAUUAUCGGGUCGACUUCGCGCGUGCCUUACAUCCGUACAUAGGUCAAGUGCAGGUACCGAAGGUUACCGCGGAAUCUCUAUACGAUCAGAUGGCAGGCGGUCAUACGAUAGGCCAGCCGGACCCACAAGUGCUUCAGAGCAGCAAGGUCACUCAAAGGCUGCCGCCGAAGAGCGGAUCUGAUAGCGGCCCGUUCUCCAAUCACUGUCGGACUUUUGACUCCCAGCUGAAGGAACUAAGUCAACAGUUGAUGACUGUGAAGGAACGAUUGGGCGAGUUGCAACGGGACGUUUCCGUUUUAAAGAGAGCAAACACCCCGCCGUUGGGUACGCGUUACGAUCAUGUGGCAAGGGAUUGCCGUGUGCUCGAGCAACAAUUGGAGCAUCAUCAAAUGGAAUUGGAGCGACUGAGAAACGUUUUCGACGCUCUCUGGGAGGAACAGAUGUGCAGAAUUCACAUAGAAAAGGAGAUUUUCCAUUCUCAGAUGAAUGACAUCUUAUCGUUGAGGAGCGAAGUGAAAAAGCUGCAAGUGCUCGCUCAGCAUCUGGAGCCCUUCGUCAAGUCGUUCUCGAUAGGCAUCGGCGCUGGAGAAAUGAGUGUGGCCGCGGCGGACGCGGCCGAUAAUCAACACCUACAAGCGUUGCUGGAUCAUCUGGCGCGCUUACAGAUGCAGGAACCACCACCGCAUCCACAGGCUCAAGCACCGACGAAGGAUCAUCGUCAUCCACGUAGCACUGCCACGAGUGCCGACAACGCGUUAUACAUGAAGGAAACGAAGGAGAUUCCGACGCGAUGUCGUACGCCGUCCGGUGGUGUUGGCGCCGUUUUGGACUCGAGCGGCAACAUAGUCGUGUAUGGGACGGCCAAGUCAACCGAUCCGAAGCGGGGCAUGCUCAGUCAAUUGAUCGAGAAGGCCAGAACGCAAAAGGACGAUCGUAAGAAAUCGCCAGGCAGAGAGGACGGCCGUGAUCGCAGUCAGAGCCGGCGUUCGCGCAAGUCGCCAGACAGUACGAAGCCGAAGACGCCACCCGGGCACUCAUCCGGCAGCAAGAUGCGAUCGUUGUAUCGUUCCCUGAAAGGCGGAGCCGGCGACACUUCCGCCGAAGCGCUUGAUCAGGCGGAAAGAUGCACCGACUCGCAGCAGCCACAGUCUCAUAUCGGCGACGAGGGCGAGUAUCAACGAAUCUCGGAGGCCUCAAGCAUGAGCGAAGCGAAGAAGCGCGUGCAGGCGCAAGUGCACGCGGUCCCGAGUGACGAACAGAUGCGGGCGAUGCCAAGCAGCAAGGUCCCGAAGAUCUACCCGGCCAGCGACUCCGAGGAGUUGUUCUACGGCGACGGGAAGGAUGCGAGGAGGCGACGGCGCGCCAGCUGCGACAGUCUGAGCACGACUGGUUCCGGGAAUAGCAGGCGGUCGAGCAUCGCCGAUGGGACGGUAGGUCAACAAUCCAUCGCACAGGACCCCCGGAAAGCUCUGGUCGUUUUGAUCGGAUCACGGACGUCGUCGUCUCUCAUGCAGAAACAGCGUUCCUGGGAGACCUUCCCGCGGCCCAAGAGCAAGCGUGGCGCUGGUAGCGACGGUGGGGGUGCUUCAUCCCUCGGUCAACUGAAGAAAGCGGACAGCUUUGAGGGCCACGAGGAAGCGGUGCGCACCUUGGUACAGGCCGUACAGGAGACGCGCUCUCAGCUACGACAUCACCAUUUACAUCAUCAUCGUCACCAUCGUAAGAGUAAAACGAAUUGAGGCGCUUUUUCUCGUUCUC